AUGGCAAACCAAAAAGACCAACUCCGCUAUGAGAGCCUGUCAAUUCAUGCUGGAAAGGACGUGCACAGGGUUUACUCAGGAACAGGAGCUGUGACAACUCCCAUCUAUACAACUACGUCUUUCGUCUUCAAUAACUCUCAACAUGGCGCCGAUAUCUUUGCCGGGCGGGCUGAGGACUACGCCUACAGCCGACUGGGGAAUCCUACACUGGGUGUACUUGAACAGCGCAUCGCGGCUCUCGAAGGCGGGGCUGCUAGCCUUGCAGCAGCUUCCGGAGAAGCAGCUCGGUGGAUGGCUAUUUUUGGUCUAGCCAGUGCUGGCGAGAACAUUAUAUCAUCAGCCACCAUAGCAGAAGACGCAUACAACCAUUUCAAAUACAGUUUCCCAUCACGUGGCAUUUCCGUCAAGUUUGUCGAUACCAAUGAUGCCGACGCGAUCCGCAACGCAAUCGACGACCAGACGCGCGCGGUGUAUAUUGAAAGUAUAAGCAGUGUGGGUCUGGACAUUGCAGAUAUCAAGCUGGUCGCAUCGAUAGCUCAUGAGGCUGGAAUUCCGCUUAUAGUAGAUAAUACGGCCGGGGCUGCAGGCUACCUCAUUCGGCCUAUCGAUCAUGGAGCAGACAUUGUCGUGCACGCAUCCUCGGAAUGGAUCACCGGGUCUGGCACGGUUCGCUCCGGGAUAAUUAUCGAUAGCGGAAAGUUUCACUGGGCUGAACACGCCGAGAGAUUUGCGCACCUUACGACUCCGGCCCCUGGCUAUCACGGUCUCAAUUUUUGCGAAAAGUUCGACGCCCUUGCUUAUAUCUUUUACGUUCGGAUGGCAAUUUUGCGUGAUGUCGGACCCUCUCUGAACCCAUUCGCGGCGACUUUCGCGUUAGCCGGGCUGGCAAGCCUGUCUCCUCGUCUAGAUCGGCACCACGAAAACGCUUUAAUAUUGGCGAGAUGGCUGGCAUCAAACGGAAAAGUGAGUCGGGUGAUAUUCCCUGGUCUGCCUGAUCACCAGAAAGUCGACCGCGCAGAGACCUAUCUUCGACAACGGAAUGCGUAUGGGGCGAUCUUAUAUUUCGGGAUAGUAGGAGGCGGAGUGGAAGCAGCUAAGGCGCUGGUUGCGAACUUGAAGAUGAUCGGGGAAUCUGACGGCGUGGGAAAUCCCCAGACACUCAUCUAUCUGCCAAAUGUCGCUUUGUCCCCCAGACCAGGGAUUACAGAGGUCGAUGAAGCCUUUUUUCGGGUGUCGGUCGGGCUGGAAAAUUCGAAUGACAUUAUCGAGGACAUUGAGCAGGCACUGAAUCUCCUGUAG